AGUCACAACUUUCUUUGUUACCACAUCACAUAAACAUCUGUCGCGACCCCUUCGCAUUUUCCAUCCUCUCUUUCAUCCAUCGUAUUCAUCUAUCCUCACGCGCCCCGACAUGAGGAACUUCGCAGCCGUCGCCGGCUUGACGGCCCUCUCGGCGUUGACCGCCAACUCGAUUGUCCUCCCUCAAUCGGUCGGUGACCAACGCUUCGCCGCUGAUGAAGCCGCUGCCGCGUCGUCCCAGAACGUCAAGCGUUCCACGAACGAUGGCGUCUUCGCGAAGCGCAACCAGGGCGAGUCGAUCCGCCUCGAGCUGAACCACUCGAAGCGUCAGCCUCUCGACAGCAUGGACAAGGUCAAGGAGUUCGCCGCCAAUCAGAAGGCUUACGUUCAGCAAAAGUACGGGAAGAAGAAGGCCAGCGACGCCGAGAAGAGGCAAGUCGCCGGUCUCGUCGACUACGGUCAAGACUCCUUCUACUUUGCUCAGGUCGCCGUUGGUACGCCCGCGCAAAACUUCAACAUUAUUCUCGACACCGGCUCUAGUGACUUCUGGGUGACCGACGCUGACUGCAGAUCAAGUCAAUGUGCCGACGUCGCCUUGUACAACACUGGUGCCUCCAGCAGCUCUGUCCAGUCUCAGACGCCUUUCCAAAUCCAGUACGGCUCAGGCGCUGUGCGCGGCACCCUUUACGCGGACACUGUAGCCCUCGCUGGCUACACCGUCUUCAACACCACGGUCGCCGGUGUCACCCAGCUGGCUACGGGUACGCUUCGCUCCCCCACGUCGGGCAUCAUGGGAAUGGGCUUCGAGCAGCUUGCCACCUCUGGCGCCACGCCCUUCUGGGAGGUGCUGGCCAAGUCUGGCACUCUUCAGACGCAGGCGUUCACUUUCCAGCUGCAGCGCAACAAGAUGGCAAGUCAGGACGCCCUCAGUUCGGGCGGCGUUUUCACCUUGGGCGAGAUUGAUGGCAAUCAGUACCAGGGCGACAUCACCUACACGAACUUGCCGAAUAGCCAGCGCGGACGAGCAGGCUACUGGGCAAUUCCGCUGGACAAUGUCCAGCUGAAUGGCAAUACGAUCAGCACGUCCGGCCAGCUCGCCGCUAUCGACACGGGCACAACACUCAUUGGUGCUCCGGAGGAUAUUGCCGACCAAUUCUACUCGCAGAUUCCCAACGCUCAGCCCGUCAACGUCGGUGGUGAGCAGGGUUACUACGCCUACCCGUGCGACACGAACUUGAAUGUCGCAUUCACCUUCGGCGGAAAGACUUGGAGCAUCAGCUCGGCAGACUUCAGCGGUGGCACUGUUGCACAGGACCGCUCUGGUCAAAACUAUUGUUUGGGGGCUAUCUUCGGAGCUAAUUUGGGCAGUGGUGCUCCCGAAUGGAUUGUCGGUGAUUCGUUCCUCAAGAACGUCUUCUCCGUCUACGAGUACGAGCCUACGCCGCGCGUCGGGUUCGCUGAGCUCAAGAACGGCCAGGCCCAGAACGCUCCCGUCAGCAUCGGCCUCGUGCCCUCGGGGACUGCAGCCAACAGGCAGCAAGUAUCGCCCGCUAGCUCGGCCACCGCAUCGACCGGCGGUGGCGUCGGUCCGCCGUCCCUCUCCGUCGACUCGGCUGCGGCUACUCAGACCAACAUCGUCGGUGGAUCUGGCCUUCCCAACCCGGUUGCCGCGAACGCGGUAGCCACUGCUUCGGUGAGUACAGUGCGGAAUGGGAAAGAGUCAGUGUAGUGUGACAUUGUGGCAGAGGAGGGGGGCAUCUCGCUCUCCUUUCUGCCGCUUCGUUACGGUGCCAGGCUCAACUGCUGCCGCCGCUGCGCCAACUUCCUCUUCUCCCCUCCCCUCUUCCGCCGCCGCAUCCACACCUUCCUCCUCGAACCGCUCGACAUCGACCGCUUUCGUUACCUCGACACAGCCCUCCCUGACGACGGGCACCAACUCCCUCAGCGGCAGUAACGCGUCGGGCGCCUCGCGCUCCGCACACACUGGUGCACUCCUCCUCUCGGCUGGAGCGGCCACGCUCUUCGCU